CUUAAUACUUAAUGAUUUUAUUUUUACUAAUUGGAUUUCGCUGGUGACGCAUAAGUAAAUAAUAACAAUAUACUAUUAUUAUUACCUAUUAUUUUUUUCGAUACAAUACGCCGCGAACACCGCACUUACGCAUUAUACUGCAACACAGCAGCGACGGUUCAUGUCAAUACAUGUAGGUACCGUAAUCGAAGUAUACGUCCGUUAAAGGUAACGAACCACAUAUCGCCGACGGUCACACUUCACCAUCAUCGGACAACGUGUCGUCGUAGAGAAUUUGUCGUGCUGCAGACUUUCUAGUCGAAUUCAUACUACGUCUACAAACCCGACGGACGGACGGACGGAACGAACAAGCGGCGCUGGUCGACGGCAGCGGCGGCGUCUGCGACUACCGCGGUAUAAGGUCACCGUAUAUACGUAUAUAUACCGCGGCGGCGGCGGCGGCGGCGGCGGCUACGACUACGCUCUACGCGGGCGCCGGCGGCGGCGAAGUCAUGGACCCCAGUGUGCUUUCAGCGAUGGACCGGGACGCGCUCAAGAAACAGAUCGAAAACAUGCGCUACCAGUCCACAAUGGACCGAUGGCCGCUAUCCAGGAGCAUACAGGCGAUGAGAGAAUUUGUCGAGGAAAACGAAAAAACCGAUCCAUUAAUCCACGCUCCAGACAAAAAGAACAACCCUUGGGCGGAAAAAGGGAAGUGUGUAAUAAUGUGAACGAUUUUUUUUUACACACUCAACUCGGCGCCGUUGCUGCCGCCGCCGCCCACACAGCCGUGCCGCGCUGCCCUGUCGGCAUUGGAUCCGGUCAAACUUACAUUUUCUUUACAUUUUAUUAACGCAAUCAUUUAUUUUUUAUUUCAUGAAAAAUAUAAAAAUAAUUGUAACAUUUCCAAUAUUGUGUAUUUUUUCGUUUUAUUUUGAAUUAUAAAAAUACAUUUUUAAUAAAAAUUAAAAAAAAAAAUUAUAACAUAAAAACGAGUAUUUUAAGGGUAAUUAUAUAAGCUCAAUAAAAUAUAAAAAUAAUAGUCUUGGUUUCAAGUAUGAUAAUUUAAUUAACUAGGUAGGUCGAUAAUAAAUAUGUAGGUAGGAUGCGUGCGCGCCUUAAUGUUAUCAAUUUCUGUGUGAGUACUUAAACGAUGAUUACAUCUUUGUCUUGUUUUUUUUGUUUGUUUUUCUUUCUUAAUUUUUAGAUUAUAUCUUAAAUUAUAUGAUUUUUACCUUUAGUCAUAAUAUUAUUAUUCUAGUCACUGUAAUUAAGCCCAUCUCAGAUAUAUUAUUUAUAUCUCAUAUACCUACCUAUAUAUUAUUAUAAUUAUAAAUAUUUAUAAAUAUUAAAUACUAUAUUAUACAUGUAUUAUACUUUUAUCAAUAAAAUAAUUUAUAGCUAAGCAUCAACAAUCAUCGUAUAAUGUUGGCCACUUCUUUUUGUAAUCCAUAUUGCAAUAAACCUGUAAGGCCCACCGCGGUUACUAUAAUAAUAAUAUACACAGUUAAUGUUUUAUCCGAAAUAUAUCCUAAUCCCUCCCCUACCCGAGCUUAAUUAAAAUUAAAUUUUGCAUCGUGACGUUUCUAUAAGAUUUUAUACAUUUUUUUUUUAAAAAAAGGUAAGCCUAUCUAAUAUUUGUAUAAAUUGGAGUGUUAAAAAAAAUUUUAGUUUACUAUAAUAAAUUUUGAUUUUUUUUUUUUGAUGUAGUAUUUUUCUGGUUAUAUUUAUGGGCACCAAUUACGUUAUAAGUUUAGUAUCUAUAACAAAAACGUUGUUUUAUUUUUUUGUCAUCACUAUAUAUAAUAAUAUAUUACACUAAUGAAUUAUGUCAUUCGUAAUUACGUGCGUAUAUGUUAUGUGCAUAAUAUAUUAAAUUUUACAUGUAAUAAUGAUUGAACUAAGCGAUGUAUAAUAUAUAUAUAUAUAUAUAUAUAUACACAUAAUCAUAGCAAAGUGAACAUAACACUAUCAUAUUGUUCUGUAUUCACGGGAAAUAAAAAUAACAACGAUUCAGUAUUUGAUUUAAUUUUUAGAAAACAUUAUUUCGAUUUUACUAUUAUAAUUAUUAUAUAUUAUAUUGCCAAAAAUGUCUGUAAAUAUAAAUAUGAAAUAUAGAUGUUUUUGAUCGAU